CAGACUGUUCUGUGGUCGGGGUACAGACGCGCUCAUUCUGCGCUCAGCGUCAGUCCAUUCCAAGAGUGGAUUUAGGAGGUUUGUAGCGUCUUUGUCUGUGCGCUUCUGUUGAUGAUCAGCUGGGUUGAGAUUGACAAGAAAUGACUCACAGAAGACAGUAUUUCAAUGAAAGUGAUUCAACAAAACGAUGUUCUACCGAAGGAGAUUCUGAUAGAGAUCAUUCACGGUUGAAGACAGACUCAUCUGCUAACAGUAGCGCAAACUGCCACGGACACGACAAGAGAUGGAUCAAUGAGGACCGUCACACCAUGCUUCGACAGACCCUGGCCAAGACACGGAGACUGGGCAUGCGGGGGCCGGCCUACAUGUUCAGCGCCCGCUCAGCCAGCUUAUCCCUGACCGAGGAGCGCUUCCUGGACGCGGCGGAGUACGGCAACAUCCCCGGGGUCCGCAAGAUGCUGGAGGAACUUCCUGAACUCAACGUCAACUGUGUGGACUACAUGGGCCAGAAUGCAUUGCAGCUGGCGGUGGCCAACGAGCAUCUAGAGGUUACGGAGCUGUUACUGAAGAAGGAUAAUCUGGCCAGGAUAGGGGAUGCUCUACUGUUGGCAAUCAGUAAAGGAUACAUUAGGAUAGUGGAGGCCAUAUUGAGUCACAGGGCCUUCGCAGACACACGGAGGCUCGUCGACAGUCCUGGCCGAGCAGAGACACAAGACGACUUCUUCUCCUAUGACGAGGAUGGUACACGGUUUUCUCAUGACAUCACCCCCAUCAUCCUGGCCUCUCACUGCCAUGAGUACGAGGUAGUACACAUCCUCCUGAGGAAGGACGCCCGUAUCGAGCGACCACACGACUACCUCUGUAAGUGUGGCACCUGCAGCUACCACCAGAAGCAUGACUCGUUCAGCCACUCUCGGUCCCGUAUCAACGCCUAUAAAGGGCUGGCCAGCCCGGCCUACAUGGCUCUCUCUAGCAAAGACCCUGUGAUGGCUGCCCUGGAGCUGAGCAACGAGCUGGCUGUCCUGGCUAACAUCGAGAAGGAGUUUAAGAAAGAUUACAAGGAACUGUCCGUGCAAUGUGAAGACUUUGUGGUCGGACUGCUGGACCUGUGCCGUAACACGGAGGAGGUGGAGGCCAUCUUGAAUGGGGACAUUGAUGCCAGUGAAAACAAUGAGCCACAUGAAAGACCAAGUUCUAUAAGACUAAAGCUUGCAAUAAAAUAUGAACUGAAGAAGUUCAUAGCCCAUCCAAACUGUCAGCAGCAGCUCAUGUCUAUCUGGUACGAGAACCUGUCUGGACUGAGACAGCAGACCAACGUUGUCAAGUUUCUGGUAGUUCUGGGUGUAGCUGUUGGACUGCCUGUCCUGGCUCUGCUCUACUGGGUGGCACCGACUUGCAAGCUGGGGAAGAUAAUGCGUGGUCCCUUCCUGAAGUUCGUGGCCCAUGCAGCUUCCUUCACCAUCUUCCUGGGCCUGCUGGUAAUGAAUGCAGCGGAUCGCUUCCAGGGUACCAAACUGCUCCCUAACAUGACAGUACAGGACCACCCCUCUCAGCUGUUCAGGAUGACGACCACCCCCUUCACCUGGAUGGAGAUACUCAUCAUAUCCUGGGUCAUAGGAAUGGUCUGGGCUGAGUGUAAGGAGAUUUGGUCCCAGGGAGCUCGGGAAUAUCUUUCGGAGACAUGGAAUCUUCUAGACUUUGGAAUGCUGAGCCUUUUCGUGACAUCCUUCAUCACUAGAUUUAUGGCGUUCUGGCAUGCAUAUUCAGCACAGAGCUACGUCAACAAGCACUAUACCGACCUGUCCAACAUUACCCUGGUCCCGGAGAUAGAGUACUACAGACUGGCCCGUAAUAACUGGGUUCCCUCGGACCCCCAGAUCAUCUCAGAGGGUCUGUAUUCCAUCGCUGUGGUACUGAGCUUCUCUCGCAUCGCCUACAUCCUCCCAGCCAAUGAGAGUUUCGGGCCCCUGCAGAUAUCUCUGGGACGCACGGUGAAAGAUAUCUUCAAGUUCAUGGUGAUCUUCAUCAUGGUUUUUGUGGCCUUCAUGUUUGGAAUGUUCAAUCUCUACUCAUACUACCUGGGAGCCAAGCAGAACGACGCCUUCACCACGAUUGAGGAAAGUUUCAAGACGUUAUUCUGGGCCAUAUUUGGCCUGUCCGAAGUCAAGUCAGUGAAGAUCAACAAUGGCCAUAAGUUUAUCGAGAAUAUCGGCUAUAUCCUUUAUGGGGUUUAUAACGUCACCAUGGUGAUCGUCCUGCUCAACAUGCUCAUUGCCAUGAUCAAUAACUCCUUCCAGGAAAUAGAGGAUGACGCUGAUGUAGAGUGGAAAUUUGCCAGAGCUAAGCUAUGGUUCUCCUACUUUGAGGAAGGUGGGACAUUACCUGUCCCCUUUAACCUGGUUCCUAGUCCCAAGUCAAUCAUCGCCCUGGUCCUGGAGCUAAGAGACCUCAUGCUGAACGCUCUCAACAGACACAAGAGCUGUCACAAUGAGGAUACAGAGCUCAAUAAGAAGAUAAUGAAACGCCUCAUCAAGAGAUAUGUGAUGAAAGCACAGAUCAAUAAAGACAGUGAGGAAGUGAAUGAAGGAGAGCUGAAGGAGAUUAAACAUGACAUCUCCAGUUUACGCUACGAACUCCUGGAGCAGAAGAACCACAAUACGGAGGAGUUAGCUGAGCUGAUCCGGAGACUGGGAGAGAAGAUACCUGCCGAGCAGCAGAGGCAUCAGGGUCAGAUAUAGGCAUAUGUAUCCUACAUCAUCUAGGAUCAAUGAUGAGUGAGCUGAUCAGGAGGAGACUGGGAGAGAGGACACCUGCGGAGACACCAGCCACAUACGCUGAACAUAUAAAACAUCAUAGCUAUUUCCAUGACUGAGUCCAGGUGAAAGUUAUCAUCCCUUAUUGAUGUCACUUGUUAAAUCCACUUCUAUCAGCGUAGAUGAAGGGGAGGAGUCACGUUAAAGAAGGAUCUUUAAGCCUCGAGACAAUUGAGACAUGGAUUGUGUCUGUGUGGAAUUCAGAGGGUGAAUGGGCAAGACAAAAAUAUGUAAAGUGCCUUUGAACGGGGGUAUGGUUUUAGGUGCCAGGAACACCGGUUUGUGUCAAGAACUGCAACGCUGCUGGGUUUUACACACUCAUCAGUUUCCCGUGUGUAUCUCGAACGGACAACCACCCAAAGGACAUGCAGACAACUUGACACAACUGUGGAAGCAUUGGAGUCAACAUGGGCCAGCAUCCCUGUGGAACACUUUCCACACCUUGUAGAGUCCAUACCCUCACUAAUUGAGGGCAAAGAAGGGGUGGUUUCACCUCAAUAUUAGGAAGGUGUUCUUAAUGUUUGGUAUACUCAGUGUAUAAGAGGUGUACCCAAUGUCCCAGUAGACUCCAGAAACAAUAUUAUCCCCACUGUUUAUUCAAUGCAAUGGUCAAAUGAAUGAAUUAUUUUAGGUGAGUAACCCAGAAACUCAUAAUGGGAUUUUGCUGGCGGGCCGGUGGUGCGCCCGACCCCGUAGUCAUUAUCAUAGCCGUUUUGGCGGUCAUUAUCGUAGUAAUUUUGGUAGUAGUUAUCGUAGUCAUUUUGGGUAGUCAUUAUCGUAGUCAUUAUGGUAGUCGUAAUGGUAGUCAUUAUCAUAGUCGUUUUGGCGGUCAUUAUCGUAGUCAUUUUGGUAGUAGUUAUCGUAGUCAUUGGGGUAGUCAUUAUCGUAGUC